AUGCCGCCACGACUCAAUUUCCUCUCACGGGCAUCGCUAUGCCGGCCCACAGCACCUCACGCAAGCGUCGCCUCGCUGCUGCAACCAUUCCUGCGCAGCGCCCAACAGCCCGCCCAACAGAGAAACGCCUCGAUUCUUUCAUCGCUCUCGGACAACUCGGGCGCCUACAACAAGAAGAUCAGAAGAGGAAGAGGUCCUUCGUCCGGCAAGGGCAAGACAUCAGGACGCGGCCACAAGGGUCAGAAGGCUCAUGGAAAGGUCCCGCGCAACUUCAAUGGUGGUCAAACGCCUGAGGAGGUCGUGCAUGGUGUCAGAGGUUUCGAGAACCAACACUCGAUCGAAAUGACACCGCUGAAUGUCAACCGACUCCAAGCCUGGAUCGACGCAGGCCGUCUGAAUCCAAACGAACCCAUCACACUCAAGGAACUCGAAAGCUCACGCUGCGUCCACGGCAUCAAAGACGGCAUCAAGCUACUCGCCCGCGGCUCCGACAAACUCACCACUCCUGUCGAAAUCGUCGUCUCCCGCGCCAGUGCCUCGGCCAUUGCUGCCGUCGAGGCCGCCGGCGGAAAGCUCAUCACUCGCUACUACACCAAACCCUCCAUCAGGCGCGUUCUCAAGGGUGACACCGAUCCAAUCUAUAGCAUCCAAAGCGCUGCCCCUCCCACACCCCGCCCGGACUUCAAGUACAGGCUUCCCGACCCGGCCAGCAGAAAGGACAUUGAGUACUACAGAGACCCUGCGCACAGAGGUUACUUGAGCCAUUUGUUGCAGGAGGGCCAGGGUCCUAGUUUGUUCUUCAAGACUCCUGGCCAAGGCCGUGUCGGCGACCACAACAAGAAGGCUGCGGCAAAGGGCGGUGCCAAGGGUGCCUCCAAGGGCGAGAACAGGGUUUGGUGA